AAUUCGCCUUAAAGAGCUCUUAUUAAGAAUUUCUCACUCAAUAAUAACUUCCCCAAAAAUCAUAAACAAAAAUGGUGCUUGAUGCUGCUGCUCCUAGUAUGGCUAGUUUCACCAACAUGAAGAGUCUCUCCAUCCAAGUCACUACUGGCCGCUGGUUCAUGUUUUUCAGUUCAUUACUAGUCCUGGCUGUCUCCGGUGCUACCUACUUGUUCGCCCUCUACUCUGAUGAUAUUAAAACUGCUCUAGGAUAUGAUCAAACCACCCUCAAUCUACUCAGUUUCUUCAAGGAUGUCGGCGCAAAUGUUGGUGUCCUCUCCGGCCUGAUCAACGAGGUCACUCCUCCAUGUGUGGUUCUCGCAAUAGGAGCAGUAUUGAACUUUUUUGGGUACUUCAUGAUAUGGCUAGCUGUGACCAAAAAAAUCUCCGGCGUCCAUGUUUGGCACAUGUGUUUGUACAUAUUCACAGGUGCCAAUUCUCAGUCAUUUGCCAAUACUGGUUCUCUUGUCACCUGCGUCAAGAACUUCCCAACAAGCCGAGGUGCUGUUCUUGGGAUCUUGAAGGGCUAUGUUGGUCUUAGUGGUGCAAUUAUUACCCAACUAUACGAUGCCUUUUAUGGUGAUGAUUCCAAGUCCUUGAUUUUGCUCAUUGGUUGGCUUCCUGCUGCUAUCUCUUUUGCCUUCGUGAGAACCAUUCGAAUCAUGAAGGUGAUUCACCAACCUAAUGAGCUCAAAGUCUUGUACAAUUUUCUCUACAUUUCUCUUGGGCUUGCUGGGUUUUUGAUGAUGAUAAUCGUGGUAGAGAAAAGGGUUAAUUUUACUCAAAGUGAGUAUGGAGGUAGUGCGGCCACGGUUGUUUUCUUACUCUUUUUGCCUCUAGCUAUUGUUGCUAUAGAAGAAUACAAGAUCUGGAAGAGCAAGAAACUAGCCUUGGAUGAUCCUCCACCAUUGACAAAUAUUAUCACAGAGAAGCAGAGUCAAGACACUACCUCAGCAACAUCUGAUCCAUCAAGUGUUGACAAAGUUUUGGUCAAAGUCACGAAGCUUGAGGACAAAAGUAAUGUUUCCUGUUGGAAAACUGCUUUCCGUCCUCCAAAUAGAGGAGAAGACUACACUAUACUACAAGCUCUUUUUAGCAUUGAUAUGUUAAUCCUCAUCUUAGCUACAAUUUGUGGUAUUGGAGGCACUUUGACAGCUAUAGACAACUUGGGUCAGAUAGGGAUUUCUUUAGGAUACCCUAAAAGAAGUAUAAGCACUUUUGUGUCACUAGUAAGCAUAUGGAAUUAUCUUGGUAGAGUUGCAGCAGGUUUCGGCUCUGAACAUUUCUUAACCAAGUUUAAAUUUCCUCGUCCUUUAGUGCUCACUUUAAUCCUUUUAUUUUCAUGUGUGGGUCACCUUUUAAUUGCCUUCAAUGUGCCAAGUGGUCUUUAUGCAGCAUCCAUCAUUAUUGGGUUCUGUUUUGGUGCUCAAUGGCCAUUGAUUUUGGCUAUAAUCUCAGAAAUUUUCGGUCUCAAGUACUACUCUACUUUAUUCAAUUUUGGGAGUGCGGCCAGCCCUAUUGGGUUAUAUUUGCUCAAUGUGAAGGUUGCAGGGCACUUGUAUGAUAGAGAGGCAAAGAAGCAAUUGGGAACUCAGGGACUUGUAAGACGUCAUGGUCAAAGCCUGAAUUGCAUUGGCACUGAGUGCUUUAAGUUAUCCUUCAUUAUAAUUACUGCUGUAACAUUAUUUGGUUCUUUUGUGUCGCUUAUUUUGGUGCUUAGGACGAGAAAAUUUUACAAGAGUGACAUCUACAAGAAGUUCCAUGAGGCAGCUCAAGCGGCCGAGACCGAAAUGGCUAUGGCCAGAAUUGGCGUCAGACAGACAAGUGAAGGUAACUAAAUAGAUUUUUGGAUACAAAACAAGAAGUCAAAAAUUAAAUAAGCUUUAGUUCAGUGAUAUUUAGCGUUGGAAAAUUCCGAGUUUCGAGUAUUAGUUAAAGUCAAUUAUAUAUAUAUAUAUAUAUAUAUAUAUAUAUAUAUAUAUAUAUAUAUAAAGAUUUAAAUAAGCUAAAGCUAGGAAUAUAUCUAUUUCAGAGUGCUUCAGCUGCUUGGUUUCAUGUAUUUUAUGUUCUCCUUUUUGUAAUUUAUGUCAGGUUUUUUCACUUAGCAUCCUCUACCUUAGGUUGGAUUUUAUGGGGAAGCCUAUCUUUGGGACCUAGUUUGGUGGGGGUUGCUAAGUUUUUCCUGACUUUUUAAUUUUAAUAAAAUUAAUUGCUUAUAAAAAAAGAGUUAAAUGAGAAAAAUAAUAAAGGAAAAUAAAAUUUUAGAUGUACUUUAUAAUAUAGCUUAUGCUACAUUUGGUAUGACAUAAUGCAAUAUA